GGUAGCGUCGAUCCCGGCAGGGCACGUGCUAAGAAAGGUGAGGCGGAGCGCCUCCCCUCUUCCAACGCCCCGCCUCCAGGUUUCCGCUGCGCAAAGUGUCCAGGGCGGACAGUAUUCUUCAGUGAUGGAAUGAGUGCCUGUGCUGCUCGUGUAAUGCUGCUGCUUCUGCUGGGCUCCGGCCCAUCCUGGGCCUGCGGACCCGGCAGAGGCGGCCAGCGAAUCAGGACGGGGCGAAAACUCAGCCCGCUCGUCUUCAACCAGCAGGUUCCCAAUGCUGCGGAAAACACCCUUGGUGCUAGUGGACUUGCAGAAGGAAGGAUAGUUCGCAACGACAGUCGUUUCAGCGAACUAGUGCCCAAUUACAAUCCCGAUAUCGUAUUUCGUGACGAAGAAGGAACUGGAGCCGACCGACUUAUGACAACUCGUCUGAACGAGAAAGUAAAUACUUUGGCCAUUUCGGUCAUGAACCAGUGGCCGGGCGUGAAGCUAAGGGUGACCGAAGGAUGGGAAGAAGAUGGCUUCAACAGCAGAGACACCCUUCACUACGAAGGUCGCGCCGUAGACAUAACUACAUCGGACAGAGAGCGUUCGAGACUAGGCAUGCUCGCCAGAUUGGCAGUCGAAGCUGGAUUUGAUUGGGUCAAUUACGAGAGCAAAUCCCACAUCCACUGCUCAGUCAAGUCAGAAAAAUCCCACACCAAGGGUGGCGGCUGCUUCACUGCCAAUACUGCGGUGCAAACCUCUGAUGGUCGUCAAGUGCCGUUGUCAGAGCUUCAAGUGGGACAGAAAAUCCUCACUGUUGACGCGCAGACGGGACAAACCCAGUAUUCGGAGGUGCUGCUGUGGCUGGACAGGAACCCCGAGGAGAUGCGAUAUUUUGUUGAUAUCACCACAAAAGGGGGCAGGCGGCUGGCCGUCACUCCCACUCAUCUUCUACUUGUGCGCCGACCCCACGAAACCCUUGCUGUUUAUGCAGGGAACGUUCAACAGGGCGACGAGCUGCUGGGGCUGGACUCCAGCGGCGACGGCACCCUGGAGUCGGACGUGGUGGAGUUCGUGGGGUCGAAGAAGCAGCGGGGUGUCUACGCGCCCCUCACCGCAACGGGCACCCUGGUAGUGAACGGAGUGGGAGCCUCGUGCUACGCCGUCAUCAACAGCCAGUCCGUGGCGCACAUGGCUUUCGCGCCCUAUCGCCUUAUCAACAAUGCCGGGCACGCGAUCCGUGCACUGUUUUCGUCCAUCACAGGCAGCGUCGCAAGAACGGCGCCAGCGCCGCAAGUGGGAGUCCACUGGUACGCCAGUACACUUUACUGGGUCGCGCAAAGGGUAUUGCCACAGGGUAUGCUCUUUUAAAUACCGUCUUUGCUUUUUAGUUUCUUAGCGAACCGAUGAAUUAGAAAUGAAUUUUGGAAACAUUUGAUUGUCUUCCGUCUCAGAAGAAUUUGAAGAAACAAAGUUUCACGGGCAAUAAUCAAAUGUGUUUCUUAGUUUCAAGAAAGGUUUUUUUAUACGGCUACGCAGAAUAGUUUUAUUGGUGUCCAACUCCAUCAAGUUGCACAACAUUUUUAUACCUUUCCUUCGCAUUUUUUUUUUAGAUAAGAGGAAAUACAAAAAUCAAAUCCAGCGAUAGUUUUUAAAAAUUUUUGAAAGUCCCGCAUUUGCUGCAAAUAAAGAUUAUUUUUUCACUUAAUUUUUAUCUCAUUUUUUUAUUCUUCCCAAGAAUACACAGGCUUUCAAUUAGCCCAGUCCAAAUGAAGUGUAGUAGUGCCCCUUGCUUUUGAGUCUCGACUCGAUCUUGGUAUCUUAUCGCACUUUUACAAAUUGAUUGGUUCGCUAACAAAGUAAGUGAAUACGGCCUUUAGGAGACUAGUCAGCGGCGGUGCCACCUCCGACUGUACCCCAGCGGCGCCUAUGCAAAUCCUCCUGUAAUAUAAAUCCCUGCCUUAAUUUAUAAAUUUAUAUAUUUUGUAAAUACGUCUAAAUUAUGAGUAAACCUGAAAGUAGUGUAUGUAAUGAUUUUUCAAAUAUAGAUGUAACCGUUUUCUGUACUUUUGAGUCUUACUGAACACACCUAAGUGCUUCUGAAAUGCAUUUUUUUUUUAAAUUUUGAAUAACUUCCAUAAAUUGUCCAUGCAGCGUCAGUUGAUUAUCUGUCAAAGCCAUUGGUUCAAAAUCAAUCAAUUGCCUAAUACAUCCGAUGAAAAGUGAUAAUAUUGAAUUUUCGUCUUUUCACAUAAAAUAAAACAUAAAUCACUGAAAUAAAAAAUGAAA